AUGGUUCGGUCUUAUGACGACAAAGCUGACGGUGAUCAUGAUUGCCAGUACGACGGUAACAUGAUGACAAUAAUGAUGGUCUCGCUGCAACAUGCUCAUCAUCAUGAUGCUGGCAGCGGCGGCGACUCAGAAUUCUUAAGGGCCAUUGUAGGCUCGAGGAAAGCACCAUUGGAGAAUGUCGACUGGGAUGUUCUCGGGAAUGGCUCAAACAUGUCCCCGCUCGAUGACGGGCACCCCCUCCGGCGCUGGUGCCGAGCCGUGAACUUGAUUGGGCUGGAGGGCCAAAUGCACACAUGCAGAAAUUGGAUGCGUGUGGCCACGCGGCAAUGCCAGAACAUGGAGUGGGAUGAUCCGUUUGCCGACCGUGAGGAGCUGGAGUGGCUUGGCCCAACGAGACACAGGCAGGUGAUGAUCGGGCCGUCGCCGUGCAGAUUCUGCAAGGUGUCCAGGGAUAGCUACGCUCGACUUGAUCGUGACCCGACGAUGACUUGGUGCAUGCACGAGUCUGACAACCACGGUGAUGGUGGAAGCUUGCAUGUAGAAUGUAGAAACUCCGACGACUUCAGUCUCAUGCCUUAA